AUGUCGCAGGUCGUCAAAAUUCUGUCUGUCAGGCAAACGAUGGUUUUGAAUGAUUACCUCGAUGAGCUAUCCAUGUCGAGACGAAGGGGAAUAAAAAAUGAUAUAAAUUAUUCAAAAUUGCCUACCAGCGACCAAGGUUUCACCGAUGCUCAGUUUUUGGUUCCUGCCCAACAAGUGCCCUGGAGAGCGAUUAUUUUAGCGACAUUGUUACUAGUAGUGGGAACAAGUCUAUUAGUUUUUGGUUGCAUGGUAGCAUCUGGUCACAUUGUGGUUCAGUAUGCUAAUAGAAUGUGGCCAAUGAUUAUAUUGGGAGCACUAAUGUUUAUCCCUGGAGCAUAUCAUGUUCGAAUUGCAUAUUACGCUUAUAAGAAGGUGCCGGGAUAUUCUUUUGACGAUAUUCCGGAAUUUGAAUGAAUAUAUUUUUAGUCAUUGCACUUAGAAUAGGUUAAAUUAUUAAUUCUAGUCAAGAAAAGUAUAUAAAGUCACAAGCGUGACUCUAUACCGUAUGUCCGAAUUAUUCCGCUGCAAGCAUUAGAAUUAGAAUCUCAAUCAAUACUAUAAGAUAGUAA